UGUCACACACAAGAGAGCUGAUCAGAGGCUUCUAUUAACUGUUGUCGCUCAUUAAAUCGGAUUAGAGUAGCAUCGAAAGCAUAAGGUCGCUGUUAAGGUCAGCAGAACUACGCGUCACUCGUUGUCGGAACGUGCGCCGCGAAUGAUGGAUUUCACCCAAACAAGGGUGCAUCAGAUCCUCUCGUGGAUCUUAAGACCACUCGUGUUAGAAUCGACGAUCGAGGAUAACGUUAUCGAGACGGAGGAGGAGGAGGAAGAGGAUGCGUGAACGAAAUAUACAUUUUUCUUUUUAAUGCAAGUUCUAAUGAGAACUCGGAAAAUUAGAUCAGAGUUGUAAUCUGAAAUGUGACGCAAUGCAUUUGUGUUACGAAAAACGGUUUCCGGACGUUGUCGGUGCUGGACAUUGAAUACGUCUUUGCUAUCAAGUGCGCGAAGUAUUACGAAAUUGUUGGAUAAAUCCCAAAGUUUCUGAACAAAAAAAUAUAUCGUUCUGAAAAACUGAGCGAAUUUUGUGUGAAAUAAAAUUUAGAUUUUUAUUGGGUAAUUUGAUGGUUUCUCUAGUUAUAUUAAAUAUAGUCAAGUUCAAUCUCCACGAAAAGAAAGAAAAAAAAAAUUACAAAUGGAGUACAUUAAUUAUCUCGUAAGGUCGUUUGAUGACCCGUUAUUUCACGUAUCAAAUGUGCUCGAUAAUUUCGAGCAAAAAUGUGGAAAGUUGAGAUUAGAAUUUCAUCAUGAUGAAAACGUAAAUAAGAUACCGACUGAUGAAAGGCAGAUGAAAGGGAGUUACAAUGAUAAUUGCGACAUCUCUGUGUGGACGAGGAGCUGCGAGAAGGAAGUGAUCGAGCCCAUACGAUCGACCGAAGUCAUCGGUACCAUCCCCAAAUGGCUAAAAGGCACCCUGCUGCGGAACGGUCCAGGCAAUCUGAAAGUGGGCAAAUACCGCUAUCAGCAUCUCUUCGACAGCUCCGCCUUGCUACACAGGUUCGGCAUUGCGGAUGGUGAGGUCACCUAUCAGCGACGAUUCAUUCAGACCGACGUGUACAAGAGAAAUAUGGCGGCCCAAAGGAUAGUCUACAGCGAGUUCGGUACUAACGCAACGCCGGAUCCCUGUCAGACCAUUUUCCAUAGAGUGGCCGCGGUGUUCAAUCCGAACAAAACUCUAUCAGACAAUUCCAUGAUUUCGGUAUAUCCAUUCGGUGACGAAUAUUACACGUUCACGGAAGCGCCAAUAAUGCACAGAAUCGAUCCGAAGGAUUUGAAAACGCUGGGCAAAAUUGAUAUACCCAAGUACGUUAACAUUGUAAAUCACACCUCGCAUCCUCACGUUAUGGCCGACAGCACGGUUUAUAAUGUAGGACAGACCAUAACGCCAAAGGGACCUCAAUACAGCGUCGUGUGCUUCUCUCCUACUCGUACGACUGUUGAUGGUUCUGGAAAGAAGAAGAAACUCUCCAUGUUCGAUCAAGCGAAAAUUGUGGCCAGCGUGCCGAGCAGGUGGCUGCUAAAUCCAUCGUACAUGCACACCUUCGGAAUCACCGAGAAUUUCUUUAUUAUAGUGGAACAACCGCUAUCCAUCUCCUUUGCCAAGAUGGCAACCAGCCUUUUCAAACAAAAGCCGAUGAUGAACUCCUUCAAGUGGCACGAAAAGGAAAGUACUCUCAUUCACGUGAUCUCGAGGGAGACGGGCCGAGUGGCGAAGACGUUCGUCGCGGAGACCUUCUUCUACCUCCACAUCAUCAAUCAGUUCGAGACUCGCGAUAAGGAGUACGUCGUGCUGGACGUGUGCUGCUACCGGAAUCCAAAGAUGUUGGAGUGCAUGUACAUCGACGCGAUGAAAAACAUGCACGGGGACGCGAGUUACUCGAGGCUGUUCCGCGCCAGGCCGCUGCGCUUCGUGCUUCCGAUGAGGAAACCGAGCCCGAACACGCCGAUGGAGCGCAAUCUCAUCACGAUCAAAACGGUGCAUCAGAGUGUAGAGGGUAACGGCGACGAGACGUCUGUCGAUCGUAGACCGAGCUACGAUGCCAAAGGCAACGCGGACGACAUUAGGUACGACGCUAGCGCUAAGUCCUGGCGAGACGAGCACAGAAACGUUCUGCGAAAGAAGCCGGCUGCUCAUCGGCUUCCCAACGGCAACAUUUUUGUAAAACCGGAGCUGCUCUGCGACGUCGGUUGCGAGACCCCGCGAAUAAACACGGACUUCCACCUCGGCAAGGAAUACCGGUAUUUCUACGCGAUCGCCUGCGACAUGGACCUGAACAAUCCCGGAACGCUCAUUAAGGUCGACACCUUCCGAAAGACCAAGAAAGUGUGGCAAGAAAAUGGGGUUUAUCCAAGCGAACCAAUUUUCGUGCCGGAUCCCAAUGGAAAGAACGAGGACGACGGGGUGGUUGUGAGUUCGCUCGUGUGGGCGGAAAACGAGAAUCGAGUCGGUCUGUUGAUCUUGGACGCUGUGACAUUUACGGAAAUCGCAAGAGCUACUUUCGACACACCGGGACCGGUGCCUAAAUGCCUGCACGGUUGGUUCAGUAUGAACAAGUAACCGAAUACCGGAAGAGACCUGUCAAUCGAAUGUACAGCAUCACUGAGCGAAAGACUCGUUUGAAACAAUAGUAUUAAGUUUUAAGGAAGACGGAACUAAUAUUAAAUUCAUCAUUGUUAUGGAAAGGAUUAAGGAAGAAUUGUUAUAGCAUUCAUCAUCGUUACGGAAGGAUUAAGGAUUUGCGACGCGACGAAUUAGUUUUAUCACGAAGAAACUUUUCUCUUUCUGCACCUCUCAUCAUGUUUUUCAAAUAAAUUAUAUAUAAAUAUAUACUAUGUGAUUAUACAUACGUACAUUUAUCAUUUUUCAAUGUAAUGAUUAUCGAGUUUCGAUAGAGAAUCUCAAACCAGCCAGAUGGCAAAAAUAAACGAAAGCUGUCCAGUUUA